AUGACUCUCCAGCUCCACUUCCUCAAACAGCGCGUGUCUCCCCCGUGAGUGUCCGCUUCUGCUCGACUCUCCAGCGGCUGCUCCGGCUCUGCGUGUCCGCAAUGAGGAGCUCUCCGCCCGGCCAGUGGAGCUGCGGCUGCCCGCUGAAUCUGCUGGUGCUUUUCUUCUUCUUCUUUACCUGCGCUUUCAGCAGCAAGAACAACAUCAUCCUCAUCCUCACCGACGACCAGGACGAGCAGAUGGGCGGAAUGACGCCCAUGAAGAAGACGAGAGAGCUGAUUGGUGACGCCGGCGUGACCUUCUCUAACGCUUUCACCUCCACGCCGCUGUGCUGUCCGAGCCGCAGCAGUUUUCUGAGCGGCAGAUAUCCACACAAUCAUCUGGUGCACAAUAACUCAGUGGAGGGAAACUGCAGCAGCACCGCCUGGCAGAAAACAGCUGAGCCCUUCGCCUUCCCUGUUUACCUCAACAAGAUGCGCUACCAGACCUUCUACUGCGGUAAAUACCUCAACCAGUAUGGCAGUAAAGACGCCGGCGGUGUGGCUCAUGUGCCGCCUGGUUGGGAUCAGUGGCACGCGCUGGUGGGAAACUCUAAAUAUUAUAACUACACACUGUCAGUGAAUGGGAAAGAGGAAAAGCAUGGUGACAGCUAUGAGAAGGAUUAUCUCACAGACCUGGUGCUGAACCGCUCUCUGCAUUUCCUGGAGGAGCGCAGUCCCAGUCACCCGUUCUUCAUGAUGUUGUGUCCGCCGGCUCCUCACUCCCCGUGGACCGCCGCUCCGCAGUACAGCAGCUCCUUCAGCGGAGUUAAAGCUCCACGCAACGGCAGCUUCAACAAACCCGGAACGGACAAGCAUUGGUUACUACGGCAACCUGCUAAUCCUAUGCCGAACAGCUCCAUUGAUUACCUUGACAACGCUUUCCGCAGAAGAUGGCAGACUCUUCUGUCUGUGGAUGAUCUGGUGGAGCGUCUGCUGAAGAAGCUGGAUUCAGUGAAGGAGCUCAACAACACAUACAUCUUCUACACAUCUGACCACGGAUAUCACACCGGUCAGUUCUCCUUACCCAUUGACAAAAGGCAGCUGUAUGAGUUCGACAUCCGCAUUCCUCUGCUGGUUCGGGGUCCAGGAAUCAAAGCCAAGCAAACACUUCAGUCUCCAGUGCUGAAUAUUGAUCUCCCGGUGACGAUCCUGGACAUCGCUGGAGUCAAUCUGUCCACCGUCAACAUGGACGGACAGUCCUUCCUGCCGCAGAUGGCCCCGUCUCUGCGUAACGGCACCGAGCGGCCCUUCUUCCUGGUGGAGUACACCGGUGAGGGUUACUUGUCUCAGGACCCCAGCUGCCCCAAACUGGGCCCCGGCCUCGCUGAGUGUUUUCCAGAUUGUGUGUGUGAAGAUGCCUUCAACAACACAUACGCCUGCGUCAGGACGCUCAAAGGCGCAAACCUGCAGUACUGCGAGUUCGCCGACAACGAGGCAUUUGUGGAGAUGUACAACCUGACGGCAGAUCCUCAUCAGCUGGAGAACAUCGUAAAGAAAGUGGAUCCGUCACUCCUGCAGAUCAUGAACCAGCGGCUGAUCAAACUACAGUCCUGCGCUGGAGACGACUGCAGAAAAAUCAGAUGAUGAUGAUGAAUACUGCAGGCAAACCUCACGCACAAAUCAAGAUCUGCUGCUUUAUAUACACACACACACAGACACACACUCAGAGAGAGAGAGAAAACAAUACAUGUAACACUCUCCUACAUGUAAACAGGUACAUUUGACCAUGUUUUGAAUUUGAAUGCAUUCAGCUGAUCUACGAGUCUAGUGGGAGCACUUUUAGCUUAGCUUAGCAUAAAUCAUUAAAUCGGAUUAGACCAUUAGCAUCUUGCUCAAAAAAGCUGAAUUAUUUUUUAAGCUUAAUUUUUUUAAGCUUAACUCUUCUGUAGUCAUAUCGAGUAUUACGAUGGAAAAAGAAAAGUCUACUUGCUAAGCUAUUUUCAGCCUCUGCAUAAUAUCAUUGUGCUGCUUUUGGCUAUGGUACAGCAGUAAAGAUGUUAUUAUGCCAGAAUAAAAGUACAGUUCAGUCAUAUCAGCCUAGCUGAAAUUCAAAAUAACUUUUGAAUUUAUUCGCUUGGUAAAUGAUAAAGCUACAGAAGAAUUAAGAUUUAACUAAAUCGUGGAAACUGGUCACUUUUUGAGUGAGAUGCUAAUGGUCUAAUCUGAUUCAAUCAAUUAUGCUAAGCUAAAAGUGCUUCUGUUACACCCAGAGAUUGACUGGAUGGCUUCAAAACGUGGUGAAACUCCCCUGUUUAACUGCAGGAGAGGGUUAAAUAAGCAUAUUUCAAUUCAAUUUAAUGUUUCCAAAAAAGUAAACAAACUUCAUUAGUGAUUCAUAUAAUGCAGAUAUUUAAAUAAGUCAUCAGCUGCAGGCACAGUGAGAGUAAAAAAACAACAAUCCCUGUGGCUCAGCGAAACCAUGAGCAAGAAAAUAAACAUUAUUCACAACAUAAAGGGGCACAGUUAGCUUAGCUUAGCAUAGAUGAUUGAAUCGGAUUAGGCCAUUAGUAUGUCACGCAAAAAAUAUUUAACAUAAACUAAAUAAAAACAUAAUUAUCUUAGCAUUUAGCCAGCGCUCCCACAACUGAAACUUCUGUCAUCAUUAACUGACAAACCUGUUUGAGUUUCUGAUGAACAAAAUAAACAAGAUAUUCUGAAGAAUCAGUCGUGGACUUCCAUAGGAACAAAAAUACUCCUUUUCCAGCAUUCUUCAGAAUAUCUUCUGUUUUUUUUGCUCAACAGAACCUCAAACAGGUUUGGAAGAAGUCAGUAAAUGAUGACAGAAGUUUGAUUUUUGGGUGCCCUGGCCCUUUAAAUCCAGUUUUGUCCAAACAUGUUGUGUAGCUUAUAAUGACGCUGGUUUUAUAUCAGUUGAAUAAUGUAAAUUAUGCUCAGCUUUUUGCACAGAUCAAUCAUUUUGCAUCAUGAAAGCUCAAUGUAUCAGCACAGGGAAAAAAUAACAAUAAUAUUGGACCAAUUUAAAGAAACACCUCCUUUUGUUAUGAAAAUAUGCUCAUUUUACACUCUCUAAAGUUAAACAGGUGAGUUUUACCAUGUUUUGAAAACAUUCAGCUGAUCUCUGGGCCUAAAAGAAGCACUGUUAGCUUAGCUUAGCAUAGCAUAGAUCAUUGAAUUGGAUUAGACCAUUAGCAUAUUACUCUAAAAUGGCUAAAGAGUUUGGAUGAUUUAACUAGUAGACAUUAUUUACAACAUAAUUGUCUUAAAGGGCCAGCGCACCCACAAAUAAAACUUCUGUCAUCAUUAACUGACUUCUUUCUGUUGAACAAAAAUAAACAAGAUAUUCUGAAGAAUCAGCCGUGGACUUCCAUAGUAGGAAUGAAAAGUACUCUUUUCCAGCAUUCUUCAGAAUAUCUUGUUUUUUUUUUGCUCUACAGAACCUCAAACAGGUUUGGAAGAAGUCAGUAAAUGAUUACAUAAGUUAGAUUUUGUUUUUGGGUGCGCUGGCCCUUUAAAUCCAGUUUUGUCCAAACAGGCUUGAACAUGUUCACCAGUGUUGUUUCUUAUAAUGACGCUGUUUCUUUAAAUCUCUCUUAUCAGUUGAAUAAUGUAAACAAUGUUCAUCUUUUUGCACAGAUCAAUCAUUUUGCUUCAUGAAAGCUCAAUGUAUCAGUGUUAGAGGGGAAAAAAUAACAAUAAUAUUGGAUCAAUUUAAAGAAACACUCCAUUUUUAUGUAAAUAUGCUCAUUUUACACUCCCCUAAAGUCUAACAGGUGAGUUUUACCAUGUUUUGAAAACAUUCAGCUGAUCUCUGGGCCUAAAAGAAGCACUGUUAGCUUAGCUUAGCAUAGAUCAUUGAAUUGGAUUAGAAUAUUAGCAUCGCAAAUGAUUAAAGAGUUUGGAUGAUUUAAACAUUAGACAUUAUUUACAACAUAAUUGUCUUAAAGGGCCAGCGCACCCAAAAACUUAACUUCUGUCUUCAUUUAGUUAAAAAUUACAAUUAUUUACAUUAGUCAACCUUUAAAGAAACAGCGUCAUUAUAAGCAACAACACUGGAGAACACAUUCAAGACCAGUUUGCACAAAACUGGAUUUAAAGGGCCAGCGCACCCAAAAAUGAAACUUCUGUCACAUUUAACCAAUCUCUGUCUAAAAGGAGCACUUUUAGCUUAGCAUAGAUCAUUGAUACGGAUUAGACCAUUAGCAUCUCAAAAAUUACUAAAGAGUUUGGAUGAUUUAAACAUUAGACAUUAUUCACAACAUUUAUUAUCUUAAAGGGCCAGCACACCCAAAAAUGAAACUAGAGCUGAAUGAAUGGUCACAGGGAUUACUUUAGUUUUGCCUGUAUGUGUGUGUUUUGACUCUAAAUGUACAGAUUGACCUGCAUUUUCUGAAUCACUAAUGAGUUUCAGCUACUUUAACAGAAGGAAAUAAAGAGGAGGGAAAAUAAACAGCAAAUCAAUUUAUUUUUAGGUGAACUGUCUCUUUAAAUAGACUAGAAAUUAAUAUUCUGCAUAAUUUACUCACCAUUAUGCUAGAAAAGUAGACAGAUUUGCAUUCUAUGCCAAAGAAAAGAGGUUUGUGUGAGUAAAUACUGAGAGAACAGUGUAAAAAAGUGAAUGUAUUUACAGCCUGAUUGUAGUUUCAGCUACAAGAAAUCAUUUCUGAGGGAUUUCUGGAAGUUUACUGGCUUCACUUCCACGUCAUGCCAUUGAUUUUUCAGCACUUUUUAUGGUAAAUGAACCAAAUGGAGUCUAAUUUACUUUGUGCAUUUUAAGUUUUGUUUUGAUCUUCAUUUUUGUGGUUGUUUUAUGACGUUUUCCUUCAUAUACUGUGAAUUAAACCGUAAUGUGAGCAGAUCUGCUGUUUUUAAUGCGUGUAGCUUUAGCAAAGGGAGAUGGUGGGAUGUUGAAGGGAAUUGUGGAUUUUAAUCUGAAGCCUGAUUGUGCCUGAUUUUUGCACUAAAGCAGUGUUUGUGCCUUUUUUGUACGAUCCAAAUGUCUAAUUUUGACUAAUCAAUAAAUUUACAACAGAGAAA